AGUACUCAAAUCCUCCGUAAAUGGAGUAGAUAUAGAAAUGAACAUGAAGGAACUUGGUAAAUUUCUUUAUCUAUCCUAUGAAGGGUGUAAUUUUAGGGAAUUCCUUAAUUUUUCUAGGGAAUUCCAUAAUUUUUCUCCCUAUGACACUGUUACCCUCAUUUGUAACGAAAAUAUACGUCAACUUGAGCGACUCACCGUUGGAGGGAUUAAGCCUCACUUUUGUGUUCUUCACUACUUCAUCACUAAAGAACUUGCUUGAUACACCCAAUGACGGCAGCAAAGGGGAGGGGCAGACUCGAGUCGUGAACGACGAAGGCAAGCUUGCAUGGGAUGACGAGGAGGCACCAGGGACAGCAACGGAAGGGGACGACGAGGAGACGACAGGAGCGGAGAGCUACAGGAGGGGACGUCGAACGCUCGAAGUCUUCCCCACCGAUACAAACUCGUAUCAUUGUGCUCUCAUUGAGAGGAUAUUCGCCAUGGCCCGAGAAUUGGAAGCGAAGCACAACGCCAUAGUACAAUCGGUGAGCAACCGGGGAGGAUCCGUUAACCCUAGUGGCAGCCGCGGUUUCCUUCCAGUAGGGCGUACGUCGCAGGGCGGGAGUGUCAACAAUGCUGCCAAACCAUCCAUACUGGGCAGCGGUCCUACGUCAAGUACUCACAGCCGGGAAUCUACUGCUUCUACUCCGAUUCGUUUACUCACACGAGCGGAGAAAUUAGAAAAAGAUGCCAAGGGACUUUGCUACAAUUGUGACAAAAAAUGGAGCCGAGACCAUAAAUGCGGUCGCUUUGUGUUGAUGAUGGGUGAAGAAGAAGAAGAGGUGACUGACGAGCCAACCGAAGACGUCGAGGUCACAGCCGAUAUCUCAAGCUUGCAUAGCAUGGCCGGCGUGACCACCCCGCGAUCAUUACGUUUAACGGGACACAUGGCGGGAGGUUCGGUUGAAGUGCUGAUCGACGGGGGAAGCACCCACAACUUUGUACACCCGCAGGUCGUAGAGAGGAUGGGGUUGGCCGUGGAGACAGCGCCGCCUUUCCGAGUCUACGUGGGGAACGGCGACUCCCUUCAUUGUGAUCAACAAUGCAAGACCGUGGCUGUAACUCUCCAAGGGACGGAAUUCGUGGUCGACUUAUACAUAUUAAGAAUCCACGGACAUGAUGUGGUAUUAGGAGUCCAAUGGUUACGACUGCUUGGGCGAGUUCUACAUGACUACGAUAAAGUCACCAUGGAAUUCAAAUGGCGUGACCAGCCUGUUACCCUACGAGGGGAUACACCCGUGCCCAGGCCAGUCCCUUUGCACCACCUACGGUCCUUACAGGGGAGACAUGAGCUAGAGAUUUGUGUAGAAAUUCUACUCAUCCAAGACAGUACACUGGAGAAGGACAUCUCUGAGGGAAAAGGGCCGCCACUGCCGCCGAUUAUUGAGCAGAUUCUGGCCGAAUACCAGGGGACCGAUGGCCAGACGGAAGUGACGAACCGGGCGGUAGAGCAGUACCUACGCGCUUUUGUGCAGGAGAAACCGGCAAGAUGGACGGUACUGCUACCUUGGGCCGAGUAUGCAUUAAACACUAGCGUUCACUCGGGGCUGGGGGUGACGCCGUUCGAAGCCCUCUAUGGAAGACCACCGCCUACCUUUCUACCUUAUCGUCCAGGGGAGAGCAAAGUUCCAGAAGUUGAUCAUGUGUUAAAGGAAAGGGAUGCCAUGCUACGCAGACUCCGGGAACAUUUGCGAGCCGCUCAACAGAGGAUGACUGAAGCGGCCAAUCGACACCGGCGAGAGGUCCAAUUCGAGGUGGGGGCAUUGGUGUUGCUUAAAUUACAACCACCGUACAGGCAGCACUCCGUCGCACGACGGAAGUCCCAAAAGUUGGCGCAACGAUACUAUGGACCGUUUCGGGUAUUGGAACACAUCGGGCAGGUGGCAUACAAACUCGAGCUGCCGGAAGGAUCGCGCAUACAUCCGGUUUUCCAUGUAGCCCUCUUACGGCCCUUCUAUGGGGAUGUGACCGGGGUGAAGUCCUUGACACUGCCCGAUGAGUUCGUGCAAGGGCAGCCACUCUCGACACCGGUACGGCUUCUUGCUAGUCGACAGGUGCUUCAAAAGGGGAAGCCAGUCCAACAAUAUUUGGUCGAGUGGUUCGACGGGUCGCGGGACGACGCAACAUGGGAACUCGCCGAGGUGCUGGAGCAACAUUUCCCACAUCUCCACCUUGAGGACAGGGUGAUUCCUCAAGGGGUGGAGAGUGAUACACCCAAUGACGGCAGCAAAGGGGAGGGGCAGACUCGAGUCGUGAACGACGAAGGCAAGCUUGCAUGGGAUGACGAGGAGGCACCAGGGACAGCAACGGAAGGGGACGACGAGGAGACGACAGGAGCGGAGAGCUACAGGAGGGGACGUCGAGUCCGAAUGGCCCCGGCAUGGCAAAAGGACUAUUUACUUAAUUAAUUUACGUUUAUCAUUGUUUACAUUUCUUUUUAUUCGUGUAAUAGUUUUUUUUUUGGUGAGCGAAAUAAGCUCCUUCGAGGGUUUCUUUACGGUUCUUUACCUCGUCGCUUUUUCUUGAACCGUCAGGGUAGAAAACGUAGUAAUUAGGAAUUAAUUGGAAUUAGGGUU